GUCCGAACACUCGUAGUCUGAGCUAGAGAACAAUAUUUAAAUAAAGUAUACAAUGAAGUAUUUGUUGUAGGUGGCUUGACAAACUCCCUUCUAACUUUGUGAUGGGUGUUUCUCCACCAUCAACAAAACUGUUCGAAUUACAGACAAAAACUCCCAAAACGUUUGUGUGUCGAUGAAAUAAAUUGCAUGAUUCACUUCACUGUUUCAUAUUUAUCCACAAAGAUGAGGAUCAUGUAGAUAUAGUUUAUAGAAAUAUAUAUGUAUCAUUUAGUCCAGCAGUACCUGACACGUUAACCUGAGUUUACAUUAGAAACAAACUUCAUCCAGUGUUUUCAUGACUCGUGUGUUUCUCUGUCAGGCGCUCUCAGUCGACUGUGUGGAGGUCAUGUACGCAGCUGUGGACGCCACAUGGUUUGAGUCACAGCCCGUCUAUGAGUCCAACACCUACAUGUACCUGUACUUCAUCGGUUUCAUCAUCAGCUCCUUCUUCACUUUCAACUACUUCAUCAGAGUCAUCAUCGACAGCCUGCAAAGACAAAAGUCUGCAGGAAAACAGAUUUUUAUGACAAAGCAACAGCAGAAAUAUUGCCAGUCUGUUAAGAAACGUAUGAUGGAACCUCAGAAACCUGUUCCACGACCUCAGAAUUGCCUCCAGGCUCGGCUCUUUGACCUGGUGACUAAACGGUCUUUUCAAGUCUUGGUGGUGGUGGUGAUCUGCCUGAACAUGGUUACCCUGAUGGUGGAGUCAGACCAGCAGAGCGAACAGACGGAAAACAUUCUGGACUGGCUCCACUUCGUCGUCAUCAUCCUCUACUUCACAGAGUUCAUUGUGAAGAUCAUCGCGCUCAGACAGCACUACUUCACCGACAGCUGCAACAACUUGGACUUCCUGGUGAUCCUAAGUGAGUCUGUCGUUACCAAAGUCGUUAAUUUAGAAGCAUCACAUGUUUUAAAAUAUAAAGUACAAACGUAGGAUUAAAGAUAAUUAUUUUGUUUUGUUCAGGCAACAUUUUAAAUUCAUUUCAUUGGUUUUUAUCCCACAACGAUGACCACUUCCUAUUCCACUGUUAGAAAGUUAGAGACCCUGAAGGAACAUCUUUUAACUCCUCACCUGGCUGUGAAGACACUCCAAACAGUGUAGGUCUCACUCCCAACAGUGUAGGUCUCACUCCAAACU